GGAUGCAUUUUUUACAUCUCGAGCGUUUUUUUAUCCACAUCGGACACAUCUGUCCCAUUACAUUUACGUAUACUGAAUCACGUGAUCAAAGAUUUUUUACAUCUCAGAUGCAUCCGAUGUGGAUUCUCAAACGCGGCAAUUUAUAACCUGUCAAUACACAUUUGCAGCAUUUGACAGGACGUUAAAAAGUUACUAAAUAUACAUUAUGUUGAGUCUGCUUCUUCGUUCUAUUUUAUUUUGACAGUUCACUUAGUUUUGUUAUGACAGUUUGACACUUUUGACAGUACUGUAAAUAAUAACAGUAAAUAUUUUUGUUUUUUUUUUCGUUCUUUAGGAAGGUUUUAUUUAUUAAGUCAAUUUAUAUAGUCGUUUUAUUUAUUAAGUCAUAAAUUGUAAAGUCGUACUAUUCUUUUACAUUUAUUUAAAAAAUUAAAUGGAAUCUCAAAGUCUUUUAGGAUCUCACAAUUCAACGUUAAAUAGCAGCGGUAGUACGGCUACAGUAACAGACGAGGAAUGGACUGAAGACUCUAGUAGUAGCUCUUAUUCUGAUUCGGAUAGUACAAUUCCAGAAUGGGAACCUUAUGUAGAUGAUUUUACAGGAGAGCUACUUUAUAUUGAAUGCCACCCUUUUGUAGUACAAAAUAAAGAUACAAAAAAUAAAACUGCAUUACCAGAACCAUUAACAAGAAAUAAUUUAAGACGUAGUACAAGGGGAAAAUUUUUAAAACUUUUGAGACGAAGGGAUAGCAAAAGAAAGAGCAAAAAGAAUCAAAAAUCUGUAGAUAUAAAUGAAACCAAUACUUCUAAGGUGAAAUUUCAGGAGCUUCAUGAAGGUGAAGAAAAAGAUGUUAUGCUAGAAAUAGAUGCAGAAAACAGACAUAAUUUAAGUAGUGAUAAGUCACUAGCAGAAUCAUUACUAGGGCUGAUAGUGAGCACAUUAUCAGAUGGAAAUAGAGUAAUGAUAGCAGGAUUCUCCUACGAUAGUAAAGCUAGACAAGAAAGAAACAUAAAAAUUGGAGAUUGGUUGAAAACCAUAAACAACAUAGAAGUAAACGUACAGAAUUUGGAUGACAUUCUUCAAAAAUUUAUAAACAGAGAUGAUGUUCUUCUCAAGUUACAAAGAGUUGCUGGAAUCGAGGUUACAAAAGACCCUCCGAUAAAUGAACUUAACAUCGAAUCGGAUUUUGUAAGAGAACUACUGAAUUCAAAAUUGGACGAAGAACAGAGUUUAUCUCAAAUUCUGUGUAAUCACCCUGUAGGGGUUGUAUAUAUCGAUACAGAAAGUUUAAAGGAAAGUAAUCAAAACUGUGAAGAUGUUAUUUAUUGUUUUCCAAAACCUUUUCAAAAGAAUACUCUCGUUACAUCUCGAGGAAUGUUUAUUACAAUAAACCAUUUGUUAUUUGAUCUAACUAAAAGUAGACCAAAAGUAUCCACCAUAAAAUGCAAUGGGCAGAGGGCUAAUGUCGUCUUUACAAAUAUCGAUAAAAAAUUGUUCCUUUUAAUGCUUCCUGAAAACAAAAUUACCCAAAAAGAAAUUUUGUUAUUAAAUAAUGAAAUAAUAAGAUUGUUGAAAUUUUCUUAUGAACAUUUAGACAAAUGUUUUACUUCGGAAAAGUACCUGCAACAAGUUGAUAAUUUAUUUUUUAAACUAUUUGCGAGAACUUUAAGUAAUGGACUGUGGAGCACUACUGAACAAUUUGGAGCGAUGGAUAAUUCCGAUGCAAAAAAUAAUUCACCACAAUUCGAGCAUGCUAUGCCUGUGGCUCCUAGUUUAUGUUUACCAUAUGAAGCUCAAGUACAAAUAGAUGAUGCAUUGUCGGAAUUAGAAGCUAGCGAUUAUAGAGAUUGGAAUGAAGAACCGUUAGAUUGCCAGAGGCUUUUUACAGUUUUGGGAAGUGCUCUAUUCCAUGCAGGUUACCUUUUGGCAACCCAUUUUAUACAAGACGAUCUGGUAGAUGUGUAUUGUUUUUGUAAACAACAAGGACUAUUUCAUUUAUCUAAAACGGAACCUGUCAAGUCAUUGGUAUUAUGGAAGGAAGUAUUUCCUUCUUCUUGCAACGUAUCACAGAACACGACUAUCAAAAUACCUGAUGGAAAAAGAUAUUUGCUUGUGGUUGAAAGUGGCAAGGAUAUUUUGGCGGUGAUAAUGGAAGCAGCAGGCUGUACUGAACCACCGGAGGAGAAUUUGGGACCAGAUGCCUUUUACGUAGAAGAAGCUCAAGCCACUUUAGCACACAUUCAAGAACUCGGUUUGAGCGAAUUGUCCGAAAGAAUUUUGUCAUUAGAACCUCAUCCGCAAAUCGUCAGGCCUCUAUCCCGUAAUAACAAACGGAAAAGCGAUUUAUUAACAUUUUCCCGGAGCAGUUUAAAUUCUGGAAAAGACUUACCUAAAAAAAAUGAAGUGACGUCAAUUUUGAAAAAACGCAGUGCCGAUACGAAUCUCGUAGGUCCUUCUAUUUCUUCCAAUUCCCUUCAAGACGAUUCCUGCGAUGGACAGUCGGAAGGAUCCGGAAGCCAAGGAGGCUACAGUGAAAUCAGCGACGAUUCUAGAAAGAAUUUCAGAAGAGAUUUAAAAUACGAUUCAAACGAUGAUGGAUCUGACACUGAUGAAUAUGGGGAGGGCAGUCAUGUGAGCAUUGCAAGUUUUGACGUUUCUGAAAUGCGACAAUAUAUAUUGUCGGAAAUAGAAGAAUUUCAACCCCCUCAACUGACAGCCGGAUCUGAAAAUGUUUUAUAUCAUUUUGUUCAACUGGAUAUCAAUCAAGGCAUAUUAUUGUGUCCACCGGAAUCUCGUCAGCAAACUACUGCUUACAACUUGAUAAUAAAUAAUUUUAGAAGAAUCUCUCUUGAGAUACAUUUCCUUUUUCAAAAUACAAUUAGAUUUAAGAAUAUGCCUCCACAAUAUAUUGCAAAAUCAGUCAUCAACAAGAGUCUGGUAGCUAUAAAAGAACAUGGAAUUUUAUUUGAAUGUCCUUUUUUGGACGACCAAGAGAAUAAAAAGUAUUGGGUUUUGGGGAGACUGUUUUAUACAUCACGACCAAAGGAGUUAUACGUCUGUUUUCAAGAUGGUAUUCCACAAAAUCUAAUAGAAAUAGCUUUUAAAAUAAAUAUGAGAAGUGUUACUUAAUUCCAAUAUUUCUAGUUAUUAAGAAUUUAUAUUUUUAUACUGUACUAUAUUUUAGAUAAUUAUAUACAAUUAGAUAUAUUUUAGGCAUUUUUAUUAAAACCACUGAGUAAUUAAGAAUAUUUAUUCUUGAAGUAUAAGCUCUUUACAAUAUGUAACACAAAAGAAGUUAAAGUAUUAACCAUCUUAAUCGUGCUUAAUUAAAAUAAAGGUUAAUAACUGCUUUUGCCUAAACUAUAAUAUUCCAAAUGCAAUGGUCAUGUGAUUUAAUGGAAAUUCAAACAAUAUACAAUUAAUUCUCAAAUGACAAUUGGUAUUAAAUUUAACAGAAAAUACAAAAAGGUAUAAUUAAUGGUUGAGAUUCCAAAAGCAUGUGAAAAUUCUAAGUAUAUGCUUAAAUUUUUAAAAUAUGAGAAAUAUUUUCUAAAGAAAAAAAAAAAUGAUAAUGUUAAGUAGUUAACUAAAAUCAACAUCUAAUUUUUGAGACAUUGGAAGUAUAUUUCCAGUGAAAAUAAAUUAACAAAAAUAAAAUGAUUUUAAAAUGUAUUUAUUGUUAAGAAACUAAAACAUUUCCUCUGGCUUCUGUUGAUGAUACAGGUUCAUCUUGCUUGGGGUUGUCCAAUCCCCUAAAUUUGAUAUUGUGUUUUUCCCUAUAAUCAUUGAUUUCCUGUCCUUUUUUGGAAAUUUGUUCAUGGAGCUUUUCGAUAAAUUCUUUUAAUUUUUCUUGAUUUGUUAUCAGUACUGGCAGAACAUCUUUAACUUUUCUUUCUGUUAAUAUACCUCCAAUUAACCGGAAACAUUUUCUAUCUUCGUUGACAUUCUUUAAAGUUUCAAUAACCAUUCUGUAA